AUGCUUUUCAAGGUUUCACUCGGCCUUGCCGUUCUCCUUGUCGUUCCUCUCGCAACGGCUUUCUCUGGCAACUUCGAGGUGACUAAUAUCGUUGUGUCAAGCCCGUCGCAGGCGAAUCCCAAUUCGACCGAAGGGUCCUUCGUUGAAUUCGAGUUCUCCGACCAGGAUACCCCAGAGGCUGGCUCAACCCACUGUUGUAUCGAAUGGGCAGCUGGAACGCAACCUUCAACAACCUACAGCAAUACUUGCCACAACUCCACAUUCAAUGCCCAGAUCAAGUUGUGGGAAGGUGUUGACAAUGUGACCCUCCAGCUCAGUCACAGAUACAUCGACAACAGCGUCGGCAAAUACCCCUACAACAUCCUGACCAAGUUCUCAAACUUCUUCCUUAGCUACCCGUCGAUCCAGCGAUACAAUUGCGAUACAUCAAAAGCCGAAUGCGAGAGCUCUGGUGUGCUUAUCGCUAUCGUGAGCUCCGCGGUGGCUUAA